AAUUUGACCGCGCCGUGCAGAUUUUGACGCAGCGGUCUCGGUUCGUCUACCUAGCUAGCUAGCUACUGUAAUUGACAGUGGUCAUGGCGUUGCUCGUGGUGGUUGGCGCCGCGGUUGUCGCAAUGUGGCUACUGGCCGGUGAGGCGCGAGGCCAGGCGCAGCUCCAGGUAGGGUUCUACGCGCACUCGUGCCCCCAGGCGGAGGUGAUCGUGAGGGACGAGGUCGGCAGGGCCGUCAGCGCCUACCCCGGCUUCGCCGCCGGCCUCGUCCGCCUCCACUUCCACGACUGCUUCGUCAAGGGCUGCGACGCGUCAGUGCUGCUGGACUCGACGGCCAACAGCACGGCGGAGAAGGACGCCCCGCCCAACAAGAGCCUGAGGGGCUUCGAGGUCAUCGACGCCGCCAAGAAGCGCCUCGAGGCCGCGUGCGCCGGGACCGUCUCAUGCGCCGACAUACUCGCCUUCGCCGCACGAGACAGCGUCGUCCUGGCCGGCGGUAGCCCGUACGGCGUCCCGGCCGGGCGGAGGGACGGCAACGUGUCGGCGGCGUCCGACGCGCAGGCGAGCCUGCCCCCACCCACGGCGAACGUGGCCCAUCUCACGGAAGCCUUCGGUAAGAAUGGGCUCUCCCAGGAGGACAUGGUCACGCUUUCAGGCGCGCACACGAUCGGCGUGACGCACUGCAGCUCCUUCAGCGCGCGGGUGCACGGGUACAACGCCACCACGGGCACGGGCCAGGACCCGGCCAUGGACGCGGCCAAGGCGGCGGAGCUGGCGCGGCAGUGCCCGCCGGGGAGCCCCAACGCAGUGCCCAUGGACGCCGGCAGCCCCGACACGUUCGACACGGGCUACUUCCGCGCCCUGCUGGCCAACCAGGGCGUCCUCGCCUCCGACCAGACGCUCACCUCCGACAACGCCACGGCCGCGCUCGUGGCGCAGAACGCCGGCAACGUCUACCUGUUCGUGACCAGGUUCGGCGACGCCAUGGUGAGGAUGGGCGGCAUCCGGGUGCUCACCGGCGGCGACGGCCAGAUACGCACCAACUGCAGGGUCGUAAACUGAUACACACUUGUUGCACCCUAUCUUAUUCGCUUACACUUUACGUCACUCUGAAUCCGUGGUAUCUUCUUGGCCGGUUUUGCAAAAUGCAAUGGAGUUAUAUAUGCAUCGACUGAAUUUUGGACA